AUGCCCAUCCAAUUAUUCGGAAGAGAUCAAAUAGUAGUGCAUUAUGGCAGGAAUGGUGAACAAAGCAAUCAUGAUCAGGUAUUAGACAGCGACGAAACUGAAAUAGGAAGAGUGCGAGAGCGCCUGAAGCUGCUUUUGGCACGAUGCCGCGAUAGAAUCCGUGAAACAAAAUACUUGAAAUUGACAUUGGUCCACUGGACACUUUUAGCCAUGUGGAUCCUUUUGCUGAUUAAUCUCACGACCGUUUACAAUAGCAUGUACGCUCGAUCUGCACUUCUGACUACAAUGUGCACAAACGCCCUCUUGUUUGGGAUUUCUGACAUAUUGGCGCAAUGCAUUGUUUGCUAUACAUCGUCGCAAAUUAACCCUGUGCCGAGCUUCGUCGAUUCAGCAACAAAAACACUAGGACAACGUUUGGGGGCUUUUACAGGAUCACACAGCUAUGAAGUGGCAAGCAGCGAUGAUGACAUCUCCAUCUUCAAUGAUUAUGGGCCUUCAAAUUAUGAUCAUUCUUCCUCAUUUCCACACCCUAGCAACGAGGUCUCCGUUGAACCACUGGGUGAAGAGGAUUCCCAGUCUAAUGCUCAUAGCGAUAGCUUUGAUUAUUUCCGGUGGUCGUGCUUUAUGGCGUGGGGAUCUUUCCUCUCAUUUUUCCAAGUUCCAUGGUACCGGUUCCUGAACUACUUUUACACCGAAGAUCCCACAGUAGUCCAAGUUCUUGAAAGAGUCCUUUCCGACCAGCUACUUUACUCCCCUAUAUCGCUUUACUGCUUUUUCAUGUACUCGAAUUAUAUCAUGGAGGGCGGCGACAGCUUCAGCUUUCAGAGAAAAUUACAGAAGGUCUACCUUGGAACGUUAGGAUGUAAUUAUUUACUUUGGCCUCCAGUACAAUUCAUAAACUUUUUGACCAUGCCAAGGCAUUUUCAAGUACCGUUUAGUUCUUCGGUUGGCGUCUUAUGGAAUUGCUUUUUGUCAAUGAGAAAUGCAUCUAAUUCAAGCUGA